AUGUUCCGCUUUUCGAAAUCGCUCGAUAUCGUCACGCUCUUCCACAAGGCUGGAUCUCCUGCCUCGACCCGCGUCGCAACGCUUCUGAAGCAGGCGUCAGCCAGCGCCGCUGCCGGCGCAACGAUUGAUCAGGCCAGCGACCACACCCACCAGACCCAGCGCGAGCAGUUCGACCUCAACAUUACAGAGGAUCCCCCUACCGCCGACCAGGUCCAGACGAUCCUAGAGUACGUGGGCAAGAACAAGAUCUCCACCAUCAUUGAGGGUGCCCAGGACGAGAAGGAUGCACUCAAGAAAUUCAAGGAGAACAAAGAGAGCCUGCGCAGGCCAUUGGUCGUAGAUUGGAACAACGGCAAGGCGAUAUCUGGAGACAAUGAGUCGGCUAUUCUGAAGCUUCUCAAUGCCACAAAGUAG